AUGACAGUUGAGAGACUGGAGACUCAAGUGACCCACAUUGACAUCGACUUGCAUAACAUGGCGCAGAAUUUGGCAGCACUCCGCCCGACCCGCCCCUGUUUUGACAAUUUCAGGGAACAUGUUUUCUACACUUCCAACGCAAUUGUUAACGAUAUAGAGAACAAAGCCGAACUAUACUAUAAUGCUUGUAAAGGAUGCAACACCAAAAUUAUCAACUUUGAAGAAGAUGCAGAAUGCCCUAAAUGCAAUUAUCCAACAAAAGAUUUUACACCAAGGUACAAUAUAAGGAUGGAAGUCAUCGAUGGACAAGAUGUAGCAACAAUAAUAUUAUUUGAGGACUUGGCAACUAAUUUUAUUGGAUGCCCAAUACAAGAAUAUAUAGAUAGCACUACAUCUUUCAAGGACAAGGAGAAAUCAAAGUUGUAUAAGAAAAUGAUUGCCGCAAAGCAUAAGGAGUUCAAAUUCCUCGUCAAGCUUAAUAGGAUCGGGCACUCCUCUCAUGGACAUCUAUCAAUGGUGGCAAUAGCAUUCGAGCAACUAUCAAAUACAAACAAACAAGAAGAUGCUACUCCAUCUAUUGCAUCUGAACAACAUGCUCGACAAAGCAUAAUAAAAGACAAAAAUUCAAAGGUGAUUGAAAUUAACGAUGAUGUUCCACUACAGUCCUUCAAAACCAAAAAAGGGGGAGCAAGAAGUAAUGCAUCCAAGCUCAAAACUCCAGUCGAGAAAGAUUAA